UCAAUUGCUUUGAGUCACUUGUCAAAUCGUAUGCCAGCGAUACCCAAAAUUUCGAGUUUUGAAAAAAUUCCAAGCGUAUUUAAAUAUCUGUUACCUGUGAAUAUUCAGUGUUGUCCUAUUAUUAUGAGGAGUCUCAGGCGUGGCAUCACCUCAGCAACCGCUGGAGGUCUCCGAAAAAUAUCCCCCAAUCUUUUGGGUCAGUACCCCAAUCCCCUGCUUCAAUGGUGUCCAUCUCUUCAACCGACUUCAAACAACUUUGUGAAGAACCAGGGAGCAAGGCCUAAGAGUGGGAACUAUUUAAAACUAAUCGAGGAUCCCGAACUGCCCAAAUUAAUAAAGCUUUAUAACCGAGUGUGCCGUGACUGUAAUAAAAAAACCGUUCGUUCUACCAAACUUAAAUGGUCUGAACUAGAUGAUCCGCCAAGGAAAUAUUGGAACAAAAGAUACUUGCCCAAAUAUAACAUAGGUAUAGGAAAAAUAACCAAUAGUUCUACCAAGCCCAAACAAUCUGAGUUAGAUCUUCCACCAAGAAAAUAUUGGAGCAAAGGAUAUUUUCCCAAACAUACCAUAGAUAUAGGGAACGUAUCCAAUGUUUUUAGGAAGCCUAAACAGUCUGAGUUAAAGGAUCCGCCAAGGAAAUAUUGGAAAAAAAGCGAUGUCCCCAAUUAUACCCAGUAUUUAGGGAGCUCAUCCGUUGGAUCUAUCAGGCAUAAAAGGACUGAGUUAGAUGAUUCGCCAAGUGAAUCUUGGAAAGAAACUGAUUCUCCCGAGUAUCCCUUAGAUGUUGGUGUUUCUCCUAACACAAAGAUGUCAACGAUUACAUCAAACAGUAUUAUUUUGGAACCAGAAAAGUCGGAGCAUAGUUUUAUUAAUUCUAAGGAAUAUGUAACCCUCGAACUAAUUAGUCCUCCCAAGAUAUCCGAUUCUCUCAAGUAUCCCAUAGAUAUUGGUGGUUCUCCUAACACAAAGAUGUCAACGAUGGCAACAAACAGUAUUAUUUUGGGACCAGAAAAAUCGGAACAUGGUUUUUUUAGUUCUAAAGAAUCGAUAACCCUCGAUGUAACUAGUUCUAUCAAGAAACCCAUGAGCAAGAGUAGUCAUACAAAAAAUGGUUCUCCAGUCAAAUCAAGAACUCCGAUGAAGAGGGAUAAGAAUUUCUUAGAAAAGCCUCAGCUCUCAAAAGCACCCCUAUACAACCAAACCAAAUCAAAAACUCCGAGGAAAAGCAAAAAGAAUUUUUUACAAAAGUUUCAAAACACUUAUGCAUCUAUAAACGACCAAACCGAAUCAAAAACUCCGACUAAGAACAAAAAUACCUAUAUAAGAAGGCCGAAGCUUAAAAAAGCAUCCCUAGACGGCCAGAGCAACUCAAAAUCUCAAAGUUCGAGUAAUAGACAUAGUUCUUUAAGGCUCUCCCAGCUGCCGAUAAUACCACAAAACGAAGCGAAGACGAUAGAUUCUGUGGAGGCUUUCUUAGAAAAUUUUAGGGCUAGUAAGACUAGCAACUCUUUAAAAAUAGGUUCUCUUAGGAACUCUCUAUUGGCUCCUUCUAAAGUAGAAGCUAAUUCUAUAGUGAAUCCUUCUAAGCUAGAUGCUAAAAGUACAAGUUCUAGCUCACAUUUUCUCAAGAACCGUCUAGUCAAUCCAUAUUACUCUCGUUAUUUCAAGAACUCUGUACUGAAUCCUUAUAAAAUAGAGGCUAGGAGUAUAAAAUCCAGCAUACAUUUUCUGAAGACCUCUAAAUCGACUCUUUCUAAAAAAGAAUUUGAUAAUAUAUUAUCUAGCUCAGAUUUUAUCAGGAAAUACCGAUGGAGUCCUUAUAAUAUACGUGACAAGAAAACCAAACUAAACUCACAUCUUAUGAAGAGAUAUGGAUUGAAACCCUUUCAAAUAGGCGCACAUCAUGUGAGGACCUCUCACAAUAACCCUUUCAAACUGGGUGAAAAGAACAUGCAUACUAGCUCACGUUUUCUGAAACACUUUCGGUUCAAAUCUGCGUCGGACGAAGAAAAUAAUGGGAAUUCCAUAAAAUCAUACCCAGAUGAUAACUCAGAGCAAGUGAGUUUUAGGCAUGACAGCGCUCAAUUAAGAGACGUGGCUCAAGCGGACAACCUAUCCUCAUUAUCCUGGCUGCCAAAGUCAGAUGUAAACAAUGCCAAUCCUGGGCCCAUCGAUCAUAUCCAUUUCGGUCCCAUCUAUAUAGAGACGCACAAAAAAGAUUUCCUAAGCUUGAAUAACAUCAAACCUGAUGACCAAAGAGGCUGGUCCAAAAUUCCUUGGCCAAAAUUAUGUGAACCCAGGAAAAUACGUGUUGAGAGAGAUGAUCUGCAGAGAGCUUUAAGAAAGGAAAAUAUUUUUACCAAGAAGCAGCUGAAGAAAACGGCUGCUUUUCGUAAAAAAGCAGUUCUUACCCAGAAUUUCUCUAAAUACCAUCGUUUUAGUUUUGAAGUCCGUCGGAAAAGGCGCAGAGGACCUAGAAAAACUGUAUCUUGUCAAACGGAAGUUAACCGAAAUAGAUGUGAACUAUGUGAUUUCUGUCGACCGAGCAGCCAACCCGACGAACCCUUCAUGAUAGAGAUGAAAAAAAGACAGGAUCGCGAGGAGUUAAUACAGUACUAUCUAAAGAUGAUCAAGGGGAACAAGGAUUUAUGUGUAGAGAAGGGGUCUGGUAAGGAACUGGAUCUUAGUUCGUCAGAACUAAUGGUCAGUUCCACUUCUUCCAAGUUCCCAGAAGAUAGGAAAAGUUGCAAGUCCAAUCUUGGAAAGAUGCGACACCAAUUGGAGCAAUGUCUGCACAUGCUAGGCCUAUGUGGUCGCCUUAUUGAAGAUCGGUUGCAACUUUCCAGGAUCGAAAAAAGAGAAAGAUUUUACCACGGUGGCUUGGGUGCCGGUCCUGAACCAAAUCAGAGAUAAACUGAUUUGGAGCAGGGCCCACAAGAUGCCUGGGAACAUAAUGGAUAAAGGACAUUAAUGUAAAGCCCCUUAAACUGGUGGUUUUUAACAUGUAUGUUUUUAUCAUUGGACAAGGUGUUUUCCUAAUAAAUGU